AUGCUUAAAAGGGGAAUGAUGUUAUCGGCGUCGCCGAACACUCUAGCGAAAAGCUCGCUGGAGGAGAUGCUUGAGUCUCUCCGGAAGAAAGACGAGUGCGAUCGGCCUAGAGACAUGCCGCCGGCGCUUCCUUCACGGCCGAAUUCCAGAGCUCGUCUUCCGUCGGCUCGCCGGUCGCUUCCGGCGAAGUUUAGUGUUUGUAGUGUAAUGGAGGAUCAGAACGGGAGUGUUGCUCCUGCGCAGCCUGAGGCGGGAACUGAACCGGAGAGGAAAGAGGAAGGGAAGAGGAAAGAGAAGGACUUGGGAGUUAAGAGGAACAGUUUCGGAAGCAAGAAGAUGAGGACUCGUCAUAGCUCGGAGUCUCCGUACGCAGCAGAGAAAGAGGAGGAGGAAGGUGUGAAGAUCAGUGCUGCUAAGGUUAGUCCGGUGGAGAAAGCGGAGGAGCAUAAACCCGAGUGGAACGACAAUGUUGAGUAUUUCAUUAAGAAGAAACUUCUAGUUUGGUGUCGGGUUGCGAAUGGGAAGUGGCAACUGGGGAAGAUACAGUCUACUUCUGCUGAUACGUCGCUUGUUAUGUUGUCCACUUCAAAUUUUCCAUAUGAUAGUGAAGAGUUUCUGCGUUCUGACUAUGGAAAGUUUGUUGUGAAAGUGUCUACUGAAGAGCUUUUUCCUGCAAACCCAGAUAUUUUGGAAGGUGUUGAAGACCUUAUACAGCUUAGCUAUCUAAAUGAACCAUCUGUUCUCUAUAACCUUCGUGUCAGAUAUUCGCAAGACGUGAUUUAUAGUAAAGCAGGGCCAGUAUUGAUUGCUGUAAAUCCGUUCAAGAAUGUCGAAAUAUAUGGAAAUGAUGUAAUCUCAGCUUAUCAGAAGAAGGCUGUGGAUACUCCUCAUGUUUAUGCUGUGGCAGAUGCAGCUUAUGAUGAGAUGAUGAGAGAAGAGAAGAACCAGUCUAUUAUUAUAAGUGGAGAAAGUGGAGCUGGGAAAACUGAGACUGCGAAAUUUGCAAUGCAGUAUUUGGCAGCUCUUGGUGGAGGUAGCUGUGGAGUUGAGUACGAAAUACUGAAGACAACCUGUAUACUCGAAGCUUUUGGGAAUGCUAAAACAUCAAGAAAUGCUAACUCUAGCAGAUUUGUGAGUCUCCUCCUUCCUCCGUCAAUUAGCUUCACUGGUAAACUCAUAGAAAUUCAUUUUAGUGCAACGGGAAAGAUAUGUGGAGCCAAACUUGAAACUUGUGCUUCGCCGAUUCUUAAAGAGAGAUUGAAGCUUAGAACAGCAAGUGAGUAUACCUACUUGAACCAGAGUGACUGCUUGACCAUUGACGGUGUUGAUGAUGCUCAAAAAUUUCACAAACUACUGGAAGCUUUUGACAUUGUUCAAAUCCCUAAAGAGCAUCAAGAGCGUGUUUUUGCCUUGCUUGCGGCUGUGUUGUGGCUAGGGAAUGUAUCUUUUCGAGUUACUGACAAUGAAAAUCAUGUGGAGGUGGUAGCAGAUGAAGCUGUCACCAAUGCCGCUAUGCUAAUGGGCUGCAACUCAGAAGAGCUUAUGGUGGUUUUGUCUACCCGUAAACUUCAAGCUGGUACGGAUUGUAUUGCCAAAAAACUGACAUUGCGGCAGGCAACGGACAUGAGGGAUGGAAUAGCAAAGUUUAUUUAUGCAAACCUUUUCGACUGGCUUGCUGAGCAAAUUAACAUUGCACUGGAAGUUGGUAAAUCACGCACAGGGAGAUCUAUAAGCAUCCUUGAUAUAUAUGGGUUUGAAUCAUUUAAGAAUAAUAGCUUUGAACAGUUCUGUAUAAACUAUGCGAAUGAAAGAUUGCAGCAACACUUCAACCGGCAUUUAUUUAAACUUGAACAAGAGGAAUAUGAAGAGGAUGGAAUUGAUUGGACUAAGGUCGAAUUUGAAGACAAUCAAGAGUGCUUAGAUCUAAUUGAGAAGAAACCCAUUGGUUUGUUGUCUCUACUAGAUGAGGAAUCGAAUUUUCCGAAAGCAACUGAUUUGACCUUUGCCAAUAAGCUCAAGCAACACUUGAAAACCAACUCUUGCUUCAAAGGAGAGAGGGGUCGAGCCUUCAGAGUUAAUCAUUACGCCGGAGAGGUUCUCUAUGAUACAAAUGGGUUUUUGGAAAAGAACAGGGAUCCGCUGCCUGCUGAUCUUAUCAAUCUCUUAUCAUCAUGCGACUGCCAGUUGCUGAAACUGUUUUCUACUAAAAUGCGUGACAAAUCUCAGAAGCCGCUUAUGUUAUCAGACUCCACAAAUCAAACUGUUGGGACCAAGUUUAAGGGUCAACUUUUCAAGUUGAUGAACAAGUUAGAGAACACAAGCCCUCACUUCAUCAGAUGCAUAAAGCCGAAUUCGAAGCAGCUUCCCAGAGUUUACGAAGAGGAUCUUGUCCUGCAACAGCUUAGAUGUUGUGGUGUGUUGGAGGUUGUUAGAAUAUCAAGAUCUGGAUACCCUACUCGUUUGACACAUCAAGAGUUUGCAGGAAGAUAUGGUUUCCUACUAUCAGACAAAAAGUCCUUUCAGGAUCCUCUGAGCGUAUCAAUUGCUGUUCUGAAACAAUACGAAGUUCAUCCUGAAAUGUAUCAAGUUGGCUAUACAAAGUUGUACCUCCGAACUGGGCAAAUUGGUAUCUUUGAAGAUAGGAGAAAGAAAGUUCUUCAGGGCAUAGUGGGAUUACAAAAGCAUUUCCGUGGUUACUUGUCUCGUGAAUACUUCAAAAACAUGAGAAAAGGGGCAUUGGUACUUCAGUCGUAUGUACGAGGUGAGACUGCUCGAAGAAUGUUUGACACUGAAGCAAAGAAUCAUGCUGAUUCUGUUUCUGAAGCAAGCACAGGAGAGUCGACUGCAGUCAUACACUUGCAAUCUGGUAAACUGCAAGUUUUGUUAUCUUCUUUGAUUUUGGUUCUCAAGUUUGGUAAAGGCUCAUCAUCAUUUUUCUCCUUUGCAGCGGUUCGUGGAUGGUUGGCUCGAAAACGGUUCAACAGUAUGCAAAGACAGAGAGAAUUACUCGAUGUGACGACAAAAUCAAAGAGGAAAGCGGGCAGGAGGAUUUCAGAAGACAAGGAUCUUCCUGUGGAGCAGUUCCAAGUUCAACCAUCAGCUAUGUCUGAUCUCCAGAAGCGGGUUCUGAAAUCGGAAGCAGCGUUAGCGCAGAAGGAAGAGGAGAACACAGCAUUGAGAGAGCAGUUGAGGCAAUUUGAGGAUAGAUGGUCGGAGUAUGAAGUAAAGAUGAAGUCAAUGGAAGAUGCAUGGCAGAAGCAAAUGUCUUCGUUGCAGAUGAGUCUUGCGGCUGCUCGAAAGAGUUUAGCUUCAGAGAACAUUACAGGUCAAGCAGGAGGAAGACAAGACACAUCGAUAUCCCCUUUUGGUUAUGACUCAGAGGACACAAUGUCUACUGGAACACCCGGAGUGAGAACUCCCACUACUAAAUUCACCAACGGGAACACUCCAGAGCUCAGAAUCAGAGAGCUCAACGGAAGUUUGAACGCGGUUAAUCAUCUCGCGAGAGAGUUUGAUCAAAGGAGACUCAAUUUCGACGAAGAUGCAAGAGCCAUCGUGGAGGUGAAGCCUGGACCGCAGGCAACCCCAAACGGACAGCAACAGCAACACCCAGAAGAUGAAUUCAGGAGACUGAAGCAAAGAUUCGAGACAUGGAAGAAAGAUUACAAAGCUAGGUCGUCACCGGAAAUGGUGGGGCAAAAGAGGCUAGUUGGUUUCGACCACUCACUCACCCGCUUAGACUUGAGAAAAAAAUCAAGCCCCGGGUACAAACUUUGUUGCGAAAGCCCAAGCAUUGUUAGCGACAGGGUCAUCGAGAUGGUCAAGGAGAUUCUCCAAAGGACCUUUUCCGCGAAAGUAACCGGGUCAUCGGCGAGACCCAGCGGGUCAAAGUAUUGUCCGCCCGGGUACAAGUCGUUGCCUUCUCCAACACCAUCGAGACCGUUGAUGCGGAAGCCUUCGACAAGUCCCAUUAGGAUAACUUGGAAGCCAAGGACGGCCAAGAUGCUCUGUGCGUGGACUAGGUUUGGGUUGCCCAAGUAG